CAGUUUGCGCAGGGACCAGGAAGAGAGCUAGUGUGUAUGAUUGUGUACGUGAGGACGAGUGCUCGGUGUACUGUGGCAGGGACUGAGGGCAGCUAUGGGGAAUUCACAGAAGAAGGCCCCUGGUCAUGGAGAGGGAGGGGGCCCACACUCUCAGCCUGGGACCCCAGGACACAGAAGGAGUCAAGGAAACAACACGGCCAACUCAAAGGCUCAGGAAGUCCAGGGGAAAAAGCCGGCAGUGAAUGGCACCCUUCCAACCGACAAGAGCGAGGAUGAGCACUGUAAUCUGGACGCACCAUGUGGUGCCCUUCCUCCUCCACUAGCCCGGCUCAAGAAUGAGGGCAAUAUGUUGUUCAAGAAUGGACAGUUUGGGGACGCACUGGAGAAAUACACACAAGCCAUCGAUGGAUGUUUAGAAGCUGGUAUUGACAGCCCAGAGGAUGUAUGUAUUCUCUACUCAAACAGAGCUGCGUGCUUUCUCAAAGAUGGAAACAGUGGAGACUGCAUUCAGGACUGCACCAGGGCUCUUGAGCUCCACCCCUUCUCCCUGAAGCCCCUCCUCCGACGAGCUAUGGCGUAUGAGACGCUGGAGCGCUACAGCAAGGCCUAUGUGGAUUACAAGACUGUACUGCAGAUAGACAUCAGUGUGCAGGCUGCUCACGACAGUGUACGCAGAAUCACUAAACUGCUGAUAGAACAGGACGGUCCUGACUGGCGGGAGAAACUUCCAGAGAUUCCAUUGGUUCCUCUGUCUGCCCAGCGGCACCGUAGAGAUGAACCCAGUGCAGAGGUUCUGCAGGCCCGCGCAGCCAGAGCUGAACAGGAAAAGGCCAGAAAAGCAGAGGUUCAAUUCAAUGUGCUGAAGCAAGAAGGAAACGAUAUGGUGAAGAACGGCCAGUUUCAAGGUGCUGUGGAGAAAUAUAGCGAGUGUCUGGCCAUCAAACCCGGUGAAUGUGCCAUCUACACCAACAGAGCGCUGUGCUAUCUUAAACUGGAAUGUUUCAAAGAGGCCAAACAGGACUGUGACUCAGCACUUCAGAUGGAGCCAAACAACAAGAAAGCGUUUUUCAGACGAGCACUGGCACACAAAGGCUUGAAGGACUACCUGUCAGCCAGCACUGAUUUACAGGAAGUACUGCAGUUGGAUCCAAACGUGCAGGAAGCGGAGCAAGAGCUGGAGAUGGUGACUAACCUGUUUCGAGAAAGUCUGUUGGCCAAUGCUCAAGGCUGACAAUGAAGCAGUAAAUUAUUCAAUGAACUGAGAGCUCCAGGAAGAGCAGACUCUCCCUCAUUAAAGCGUGAACAGUGGAUCCAAUGAGCCUGUGAAAUCCUGCUGCAGUCCUGGAAGACAGAGCCCUCACAAUCCUGUCAGGAGACUCCAUUCAUCUUUCUGCAAACUGUCAUGCAAUGCAGCCAACACUUCCCUUCCAGCAAAACCCAUCUUACAUCUACUAGGAUCAUUGUUUCUGAUGCAAUGCUGACAAUGAAAUGCAUGCAAACGGUUUUUUCUCUCGCUUCAGUAGGCACGUGUGGGCAUGGCACAGCUGGGAAGGUUAUUGACAAACUGGAAUCCUGGAUUAUGAUGAGAGAAUGUGCCUUUUAUAUGAAGCUGUGGCUCACAAAGUGAUUUAACACUCUUGGACGAAGAUUUAUUUGCUACAUUUAAAAAGUUUGAUUUCUCAAGAUUUAAUAUAUUUUUAAUAGCUGUUCCAUUGUUCUGUGUAAUAUAAACAUAUACGUAGCUCACUGUAGUUUCUUUUUUGGCUUCUUUCAGCCUUCGACCCAACCAAUAUGCGACAUGGUGUGAAUGUACACUAAAAUUCAAUUUUUGGGGAUGUCAGCAAAUGUAAUAUAUUUCAGAUGAACAACUUCACAAGAGCUUAAUAAAUGGCUUUAUAAACUUCAA